UGAAGAACACUCGAGACACGAGAGAGAGAGAGAGAGAGAGAGAGAGAGUGUGUGUGUGUGUGUGAAAAUGAGUAGGCAGAAACAAGAGCAGAGGAGGAACUCAAAAACUGUUCUCUCUCUUCUCAGUCCGUGAGUGAGUUUAAGCCAGGGCACCAGCUCUGCUGAUGGCGCAUGUGUGAGCGUGAGAGAUCCCCAGUGUGUUUGGUCUACAAGGCUACAUAUUAAUGCAAGGUUGACAGCACAACUUGUUACGUCUCUGAAGGUUUCACUGGAGGCCAAUGUGAGAGGUGGAGAGAAUUUGCCUUGGCAGAGUUCCAUGUAGUAGGAGCUACGAUGUCGUCCUACAAUGUCAAACUGAGAAGAGCUGGAAUCGCUGACUAUGACACACAGAUUAAAGAGGUUCGUAAUCAGCUCUCUGAGCAGCUGCGUGUGUUUGAUAAUCAUUUGGAGCAGAAAACCCAGGUACUGCAGGAUCUGAGUGAUUAUCUGCGCAGACGUGGGGAGAUCGAGGGCGAGUAUGCACGCUCUUUGGACAAACUUGCUGACAGGUUUGCCUCAAAGACCAAAAAGAAGGAGUCCAGCAGUGAAUCUGUGUUGAAGUGCUGGCAGGAGUUGUUGACUCAGACACGUCAUGAGAGUAAAGAUCACAUCACACUGAGUGAGAACUGCGGCACUACUUUACCCCAGCAGCUGUCUCGCUGUCUGGAGCUCGUUCAGCGCCUGGCUAAGAAAAAUAAAGAAAUUAGCACCCAGUUACAGGAUGGUCUGCUGAAGGUCACAGUCGAGCUGCAGACUACGCUGAAGACGUAUUCACAGUAUCACACUGAGUACUUGUCGGCUGAGGGCAAACUAAAAGAAGCCACCAAACAGGAAGAGAAACAAAAACUGAGCGCAGCCAAGAAAAUGGAAAGACUCAUCGAAAAGAGGCAAUGUAAAGUACAGGAGACUCAGCUGAAAUGCACCAAAGCACGCAAUGACUAUCUGUUCAACCUGGAAGCUACAAACGCGUCCAUGAACAAAUAUUACCUACAAGAUCUCUCUGCCCUUAUCGAUUUCAGCGAUUUAGGUUUCCAUCAGUCCCUGUCCCAAGUGCUUCAGUUUUACCUGUCCAGACGCUUGCAGGCCCACCAGAACCUGGGUUCUGGAUUGCAGCAGUUGGGCAACGCACUCUCUGGUCUGGAUCAGAACCAGGACAGAGACACACUGAUACAGGCUCAUGAUACGGCUUUCUGCAUGCCACUUCGAUUUCAGUACCAGCCUCACGAGGGAGACCAGGUAUGUGAAGUGAAUGCUGAUUUUGAGGUGAAGAGUGAGCUCGAUACUCGAUUCCACCAGCUGAAGACCAGACUCAACACGGUUACUGCAGAGAAUGAAGAGUUGAGUAAAAUGCUGCAGCUUUCUCAUUCUGCCCUGAUUGAGUACAUCACCGAGGAUGUCUUCAGGCCUGAACACAGCCAAUCUCUAGAGAACAUCAGUGAAGCGUCUAACAAUAAGAUCAAUCAAGCGAGACGUCGAUCCAAUUUGCAAGAGACGGAAAACUCGUACUCUACGAAAUUUAAGGACCAUCUGAUUAACGGCUUAUUAAUAUCGAAACUACAGGCGAAGCAUGACCUUCUCCAAGUUGCAAUACAAAAAGCUGGAACUGUGGAUGGUCGGCAUCACAGAAUGCGUUCCAGGAGGUCUGUCCGUCAGAGGAAGAACCAGCAUGACUCUCAGAUCUGCCAGAAAGCUUUCUCUCGAGACCUGCUCGCUUACAUCCAGGCUUCUGGAGAACCCAUUCCUUUGGUGGUAGAGAGCUGCAUCAGAUUCAUCAACCUUCAUGGCCUGCACCAUGAGGGCAUCUUUCGAGUCCCAGGCUCUCAGCUGGAGGUCAAUCGGCUCAGAGACCUGUUCGAGAAAGGAGACGACCCUCUGGCUGAGGAAAUUUGUGACUUGGACUCAGUGGCUUGUGUGCUGAAGCUCUAUUUCAGAGGAAUGGAAAACCCGCUUUUUCCUAAAGACAGCUAUGACCUACUGAUGGAGUGCGGACGAAUAGAAGAUGAAUCGGAGAAAGUAGCACAGUUAAAGGCGGUUAUUCUUUCCUACCCUUCUCCAGUAGUUGUGGUGAUGAGAUACCUGUUUGCAUUCCUCCACCAUAUCUCCCAAUACAGCGAUGAAAACAUGAUGCAGCCCUACAACCUGGCUGUGUGUUUCGGACCCAGUCUGAUUAGAGGGCCUGAGGACGCAGAUGCUGUUACUCUCCAGCACAUCAAUGCUCUUGUCAAAACAAUCAUUAUCCAGCAUGAGAGCAUCUUCCCCAACCAGAAUGAAUUAGACGGACCUGUGUAUGAGACAUGCAUGACGCUAGAGCCAGAUGAUACUGAGGCUACUACAGAGGAGUCAGAAGUGGAACCAGACAUGUCUCCAAACAAAGAAGUCAAAGAUGAGCUGGAAGGAGUGGCCUUGUUCGACUACACGGCCCGUUCCUCAACUGAGCUGUCCUUCAAACAGGGUGGGCGUCUCCGCCUUUACAGCAGAGCCUCUUCAGAAUGGUGGAGAGGAGAAAUAGACGGCUCUAAGGGGCUUAUCCCGAAUAAAUACAUCAGUGUGUUGAGCAUGGAGGGAGGGCCGGAGCACAAAGAAAUACGCAACAGUGGAAGCCAGGGAGAGGAUCAGGCAACCGGGCCGACACAAACACGGAUCAAAGUGUUCAGUGACAAGUCGGGGCUCGGUUCCAGCCAAGCUAUUGCGGGGAAGAUUUCCUUACAGUUACCCACAGCGCAACUCUUGAGCACUUCUCCGAGGGCUUUACGAAAAACAGACACCCAGAUAAGAAGGACUGCAGCAGACAGCGAAAGAGAGGACGCAAAAAUAUCGGUGGACAAGGAGGUGUGUCAACAGAUGAACUCUGUCUUCAAGGAGCUUCUCGUUCGCCAGCAACAGCAGGAGCACGUCUCUCCAUCUUCUGUCCCACCCUCGUAUUCCUCAGGCUCCACGCAAACCUUAAACAAGAGAGGAAUGACCCCGCAGAAAGGAAAAGGCUAUUUUAAAUCAUCUGAACAGAUGAACUGAGAAAUGAGAGGAGUGAAAUCUUGAGACACAGUGAGACUGAUGCGAAGAGACGUGCACAAUACGUCUGUUACUACACACAAAAAAAAGAGAACUUAAAUACGUGUUCCCGUAAUGGCAUGGUAAUCUGUGGUUCUGAUUUAGUUCCUCAUGAUAUUUAUUUUUUUUUAAUCCCUUGAUAAAUGCAGUGCAGACGAUUUCUCGGACUAGUCUAUGAUCAUGUUACAUGACGAUAGCACUGCUGUAACUUCCUAAUUUAUGCUUGUUUUCAUCAAAUCCUCAGUGGCCUAAUUCAGUUCACUCAGCUUAAGUAGUAAUUUAUUUGCUUUGGCUAUUUAUUCUCCAAAUUGUGCAGAACAGUCUAGAGAUGUUUAGUGUUUUGCAAUAAAAAUUAAAAAAAAAGUACAAUAUA